AUGGACCCCCGUUACAGUGCUCAGAAUGUUUUGCUAUGUGACCUAUGCGAAUUGUAUGCAUUACAGAGUCACUGUCAAACAUGUAAAAUUAAUCUGUGCAUGAAGUGUGUUGAAAUCCAUCUCUCCAGUUCAUCACUAGAUCACGAAGUUGUGCCGUACGUAGGAAGAAAUUUGCAUUUUCACUACAGAAAAUGUCAAGGACAUCCAGAUAAUCAAUGUGAAUACCGCUGCCAGGAAUGUGAUAUUCCUGUCUGCUUUGUAUGUAUAUCCAAUAGUAACCACCAAGGACACAAAAUAGUAGAAAUCUUAGAAAACAGCAGCAUCAAAAUACUAGACCUUGAAAAAGAAUUCGAAGAACUAGAGAAGCAAAUUUAUCCCAAAUAUGAAGAAAUUGCUUCAGAUAUAAAGCUUGACAGAGCACACUUGGAAACACAUUACGCGAAACUUACUUUAGCGGUUGACAAACAGGGAGAAAAUUUGCAAAGAGAAAUAACAACAAUUGUUAAUAAACGAAAAUGUGACAUUGACGAUAUGAAAAGCAAACACAUUGCAACAUUGAUAAAGCAGGAAGAUGAAACAAUGCGCAUUAGCUCUGAGCUUAGGCAGAUCAUUUCUGAUCUGAAAAAAGUAAUAGAAUCCAAUGAUGGCUCUUUAGCAUCUGUAUACAAAUCAAGAAAUGCAGAAUUCCGUAGAUUUCCUCCUAAGGUUGAAAUUUCAGCGCCGAUUUUCUCGCCUCGCCAGAUUCAUAAAGAACAGGUCACUAGAAUAUUAGGCCCUCUCUCAGACUUAUCCAUAACAAUAGACGAAAACGGCUACACUUUGAAAACACAGGAAUCUGACUCCUCUCUGCCACACAAACCUUUGCUAGAUGAACCAAAGCUCUUGAAGACCAUAAAUACUGAACACGCACUUCUUUUUCGUGUUACAUGUUUCAGUGAUGAGGAAAUCUGGACAGGUGGGAGUCACGGCAUGAAACUUUACACACCUAAUGGCAAAAUACUGAAGACAAUCACAACAAAAUCUGGUUUCUGGCCUUUUGACAUAGCAGUGACAAAGAAUGGAGAAUUGGUUUAUACUGAUCCUGAUUUAAGAACGGUGAACGUUGUGAAGAAAAAACACAUACAGGAAUUAAUCCAACUAAAGGGAUGGGUGCCUCGGCAUGUCUGUAGUACACUUGCUGGAGACCUCCUGGUAACUAUGUUCCAUGAAAAAAAUAAACAAUCAAAAGUCGUUCGUUACUCCGGCCCAGCAAAGAAACAAACUAUUCAGUUUGAUGAGAAAGGUAAGCUUCUGUAUUCAUCUGAAGGUACCAGUUACAAAUAUAUAGCUGAAAAUAAGAACCUUGAUAUCUGUGUGGCAGAUAAUGGAGCUGAUGCAGUGGUGGUGGUCAACCAGGCUGGAAAACUCAGAUUUAGGUACACCAGGAGUUCGUUCAAACCACGAGGAAUUACGACAGACAGCCAGAGUAGGAUUCUGGUAUCAUCAGAUGAAAGACAUGGUCGCGUCCUUAUCAUAGAUCAAGACGGACAUUUUCUCCAUAUAAUUAAGAACAUUGAUUUAAUGUAUGCAAUGUGUUUAAGUGUUGACACUCAAGAUAUACUCUAUGUGCCAGAACAUGAUAGUGCAAAAAUCAGAAAAAUAAAGUAUACAUAA